AUGGCUAACAUGUCCCCCUUCAGGUUGAAUGUUCCUAACCUAGGACCCGAUAUUAUUGGGCCUCCAGCUGGGCCCAAGAAGAGAAGGAAAAAUAAUCAAGCACCACCUCUUCAGACCCAACCCAGUGUACAGGAUCUAUUGCCUCCAACUCCUAGUGGAUAUGGGGAUACUAUUGUAGCUUCGAACCCUUUUGACGAUUGUCCCAGCUCUGUAAAUACAAUGGGCAUGGGUAGAGGCCCUCCAAUGGGACCUAUGGGAGGACCAAUGGGCAUGGUUUGCAAUAUGGGCAUGGGAAGACCUCCAAUGGGUCCAGGUAUGUGUAUGGGACCCAUGGGCUCACCAAUGAUGCACAGUCCAAAUGCCAUGGGUAAUCCAAUGAUGCAGAAUGGACCUAGGAUGGGAGGGCAUAUGGGGCCUGGAACUCACGGGGGUCCACAUAUGAUGAAUAGUCCCAACGGACCUGGACCAGGAGGCCCUAUGCAUCCUGGUAUGACAGGUCCACCCAUGCACAGUCCAAUUGGAGGAAUGGGACCCAUGCAAGGCCCCAUGGGUCCCGGAAGCUGCGGUGGUCCCAUGGGCGGACCAAUGGGAGGUCCGAUGAAUGGCCCAAUGAACGGAGGCGGUCCCAACAACCAGAUGAACGGUCCAAUGAAUGGUCCUAUAAGCGGUCCCAUGACAAGUCCUAUGAACAACCCUAUGAAUGGUCCAAUGAAUGGGCCCAUGAACGGGCCAGGUCCGAUGGGCGGACCUCAUGGCGGUCCUCAUGGUCCACAUGGAGGACCUGGUGGUGGAAUGGGAUCCAUGAAUGGUCCUAAUGGACCCAUUGGACAAAAUACUGCUUUUUCUAAUAAAGUUAGAAAAGAGGUAAACAAGUGGGAUUUAUUUGUAGGGCCACCAAUGAACAACAACAACUUUAUGAUGUCGCCCAUAAACAACAUGUAUUCCUCCAAACCGAUGCCAGUCAGUGCUGGAAAAGUGUACCCGGCCGAUCAGCCGAUGGUGUUUAAUUCUCAGAAUCCCAACGCUCCGCCCAUAUAUCCCUGCGGGGUUUGCCAUAAAGAGGUUCACGACAACGAUCAGGCGAUAUUGUGCGAGAGCGGCUGUAACUUCUGGUUCCACCGCGGCUGCACCGGAUUGACGGAACACGCUUUCCAGUUACUCACCGCCGAAGUGUAUGCCGAGUGGGUGUGUGAUAAGUGUCUUGCCACCAAGAAUAUACCCCUCGUCAAGUUCAAACCUUAG